GCCGACUCAACUCGGGGAAUUUUUCACCUGUCACAUCGAUAAUUACAGGCCAUCUUUCUAAGUAAAGUCUCCGACCAGACCGUGUGUAAUCUUGAGUCAAUGACAACUAUAUCUACCAUGGUGAACUCACCAAAGCACUGACCACCAGUUACCAGAAAUGGCCAGUGUCGUUCCCCUAAAGUUCACAGCAAAGUUGAUAUGUAUCCAAACACUGCUUGACCUUUCUGGUGAUGGCGAUAAAGAAGCAGCACAACGGAUGCUCCGCCAGCUCCAAACAGGAUGUUUUACAGCUGUGUCAUGUGGUCUGCUUCGACGCCUUGUCGAGAGAUAUCCUGGAAAGGUGACAAAUAAUGUCUUAUCUGCGUUGGCAUCAACACAUUUACGGGAAUUGAAACUCAAGAAAUGUAAAUCUGUGUCAUUUGCUGGUUUAAAAAAUGUUCUUGAAAACUGUCCUCUGGUCACUAAGCUUGACCUGUCUGAAUGUGACCAGUUUUCUCAGCCUGAAGUUUUCCAUAUAGCAUCUUUCCUUCGACCAGGAAUCACAGCACUUAGCCUAGAGAACUGUCUGACAGUCGACAACUCUGUUGUACAGAGUAUCCUAUUAUACAUGAAAACUUUACAACACCUGAACUUGUCAGGUUGUUCCAAGCUGACAGACAAUGUCUUCCUUCUUAAUGAGAAUCUUCAGCUACAGAGGGAAACCUUUGGACAGAUGACUCAGGAAUGUUAUGAUUGUGCCCUGAUUAGCGUUGACGUUUCCUGUACCACACUGACCAGUACAGCGGUUAGACAUCUGGCCACUCUGACAGGACCAACCCUCAAACAUGUCAAUAUCUCUUGGACAGGGGCGGACACAUUGGCGUUGUUGUACCUGUCAGGUUAUGGCCGACCUGCGAUAUUGGACCUUACCCUCUCUGAUCCCGAUACAGUCCUAGAUUUCCCUCUGGAGCUGUCAUUGCUAGAGUUGAAGAACACUCUGAACAAGCUGAAGUUGGGGAUGUUGAGGAAAGAGAGAGCAAAGAAUGAAAAUAAAAACCUUCAAAAAGUUAAAAUCUCUUGGAAAGAUAAUCUAAAGAGUUCAAUGCUUGAAGAGUUAGCUCCCUUGUGGCCUAAUGUUAACUACAUCUCGCUGAUUGACUGUGAAAGUUUGACGUCUCAAUCUCUGGUUACCCUGGCAACCAAAUGUAAACAGAUCCAAACUCUCACCUUACAAGGUGUGACGUUUAUACAAGACUUUGCUAUGAUCCCUUUUAUCAACAAUGGCUGCCUGGAGAGUCUAAACCUGGCUGAGUGUCGUAUCACUGACCACACUCUCACUAGGAUGUCCAAACACAAGAUGGAAAAGAUGAGAGAGCUGGACUUGUCGUGGUGUGAUGACACAAGCAGUGUGGGUCUUGAUCGACUGUUUGGUAAAACAUCUGACACUUUACGUAAACUCAGUAUAAGACAGCUUGCAGCCAAUGAUAAAACACUUUCACUGAUUGCUUCAAACUUCCACCUCUUAACUAGUCUCAAUAUGUCCAGUGUAGACGGGAUCACAGACGAUGCAGUUGUCAACCUGGUGGAAAGUAUCCGUACCCUGGAGCAUGUUGACUUUAGCUGGAACUUGGGAGUCUCCAACAGGAGUAUAUCAGCAUUAUUAAAGAAUUGCCAGAGACUACAGAGAGCAGACCUAGCUGGCUUGAAAACUAUAACAUCUGAACCCUUCCUACCCCUUAUAUCAAAUUUGAGACAAUGGCGAAGGUGUCAGGCUUUGCUUCGACUGAAGUUACACGAGAGGUCAGUUGCUGCUGCUUCAGCUGAUGCUGGAACAUCAAGUGAUGAGGAAUACACAGACAUCUAUAUGCCCCACAGAUCUACUGUGUAUGGAACAGACCUCACCUACCUAAACCUUGAAUUCUGUGACCAGGUCAAUGACAAUCACCUUGCUGAGAUUUGUAUUGUUUGUCGCCGCGAGUCUCUCACAAUCUUUAACUACUAUGGUGAACUGGUCAAACCGGAGCUGUUCAUAGGUCAGGGUCGUCAGUGGUACAGCAAUUAUAUCCCUGCACAUGAUGAUUGAGUACUAUACCAUACCAUUAGUUUUUAUAUGGUUAAAAUUUUGACCGAUUGCAAAAAGCUUGAUAUAGCAGAAAUGUAUUAUUCAUAGAAGUCAUAAAAAAGAUUGUUCUUUUUUCAAAUUAUAUUUUCAAAAUGACUAUUUUUUUGUGGGGGUUUAAUCUGUUCUUGAAAAGGAGAAUGUUUCAGAAAUCACAACUUUUACUGUCAUAUUAUAUUUCUGCUAGUGAUGCAGGAAUGUAAAGUCCAGAUUGCAGUCAGUCAGAAUAUGUUUCUGCAACAGAUGAAUGAGUAUGAUGAUCACACUGGAGUCAUUCAUUAUUACAUUCCUGCCACAGAUAUAUUAAUUUGAUGUUCAUAUUAGAGUCUUUCUUAAUACAUUCCUCCUAUGGGUGAACGAGUAUGAUAUUUAAAUUGGAGUAAUUCAUUAUUACAUUCCUUUCACGGAUGAAUGAGUAUGAUGCUUAAAUUGGAGUCAUUCAUCAUUACCUUCUUUUCAAGUACAAUGUACAAAUUGGUGCCUUUCAUAUUCCUGCCUUGGAAUUUAUUGAUAAGACUGGUGUAAUUGAUAGACUGGUGUAAUUGAUAAUUGAUUGACUGGUGUAAUUGAUAGACUGGUGUAAUUGAUACAACUGGUGUAAUUGAUAGACUGUUGUAAUUAAUACAAAUGGUAUAAUUGAUGGACUGGUGUAAUUGAUACAACUGGUGUAAUUGAUACAACUGGUGUAAUUGAUAGACUGGUGUAAUUGAUAGACUGGUGUAAUUGAUAGAUUGGUGUAAUUAAUACAAAUGGUAUAAUUGAUGGACUGGUGUAAUUGAUACAACUGGUGUAAUUGAUACAACUGGUGUAAUUGAUAGACUGGUGUAAUUGAUACAACAUGUGUAAUUGAUAAUUGAUAGACUGGUGUAAUUGAUACAACUGGUGUAAUUGAUAGAUUGGUG